GGUCACACUGACAGUCGCAGAACGUUAGCAGACAACAACAAAAUAACAUAUUUAAUUACAAUAAUCACAAACACACAUUAUUAGUCUUUUUGUUAUCCCCACCAAAAGAAUUCACAAAUCGCGCGAAAGUCCAGAAAGUAAAUAAAUCAACAUGAGUAUGAGCGACGACGACCGAGACAUUGACAUCGAGAGUGACGAUGAUGGGGACUCGGAUAACGGUUUGGGCUCCUCUCGCCACACGAGCACCGCUAAUUUCACCCAGGCCGAAAAGCGAGCUCAUCACAACGCCUUGGAACGAAGGCGGCGGGAUCACAUCAAAGAGAGCUUUACUAAUCUGCGAGAGGCAGUGCCCACGCUUAAGGGCGAGAAGGCAAGUAGAGCUCAAAUCCUGAAAAAGACCACAGAAUGCAUACAAACGAUGAGGCGGAAGAUAAGUGAUAAUCAGAAGGACAUCGAGGAGAUUAGGAAGCAAAACAUCAUCUUAGAUCAGCAGAUUCGAGCCCUGGAAACUCCAAAUGGCGAUCACAUAUUAGAAUUUCUUAGUGAAGAAGAAUUGGGCAGCGAAGAGGCCGACGAUGAUGACCUCGACCAGCCCGACUUCAGCAGACGCAAUAAAAAGAUGAAGACCUUCCAUACAUAGCCGCCUUGCACGUCAAAAAUACUGCAAACUGACGUGUUCCGGUUUUCGCUUUCACCGAAAUAUUGAAUAGUUUCGUCGAUUUAGGUUUACCUUAGAGUUGUGUUCCCCAAAAGCAAUAGACCCCUCUCUCUCCCACCCCCUAAAGUUGUGAAGGAAUUGUUUUCAAAAUGUUAGAUUCGAUCAAAUUGCGUGAAAAUGAAAACUGUAACAAGUCCGAUAAUCAUAAUCAUCAUUAGCUGUAAGUUCAUAAAGUAACCCACCCUAUCGACCUUAAUUAGUAUGCGAGCGUCUUUUGUACUUUGAGCAUAUAAUCACUUCUGCGCGAAAUAAUAAAUUGUAAAUUAAUACUUUA